GAAACAGGAGGAGGAGGCCAAUUUUUACUAUGUUGUAAAACUUGAUAGCAUCCACUUUCUGCUUAGCUUACCUUUAUCGGAUCUUUUAGGCGAUGUUGGACGUGGUUGCUGAUUUGAGCAGUUUUUCUUUUGAGGCUGGACUGACUGAGGAUGAAAAAAAAUUACUUCACCUUCGUGUACGCUCGGCGGGACUGAUAUUUUGCGGGUGCGCGCACGCAGUUUUCCUGUGUAAACUCGUCCACUCGCUGAGAUGUGUCAUGAAAAGUCACACUGCAAACAGAGACUCUCCAGGAGAAGACAGCGACCUCCGUGUUGGGGUACUUGGGAUGGGUCAAAUGGGGAAACAGUUACUCCUCUCCCUCCUUGAAAAGUCUGGCAUCAAACCAUCACACAUUAAGAUAUCCAGUAGAAGACCAGAAUCUGUAGUGGGAUUUAUCCCGACAGGAGUUGAAUGUUUCUCUGACAAUCGCAGACUGGCAGCGUGGGCAGACAUCCUGUUCCUCUGCUGUCUGCCCUCUCACCUCCCUAAAGUUUGUGCUGAUCUCCACUCCAACCUGUCAAAGCGAUGCCUUGUGUACAGCUUCACCUCCGCUGUGCCCAUCACCAGAUUGGCACAGCUUCUUGGACACGACUUCAUUCUCAAACCACAGUAUGACUUUGUCGCUUGUGAUGCUGCAGAUGUGUGGCUCUCCUGCACUCAUCUGGCCACGGCUUUGAUGGAUCCUUUACAGAUAGAGGCAUCAUGUCCUUUCUCAACGAGCGGUGGCAUUUCUCUGGGUCUGAACUGGGUGUGUGCAGUGUUGUACUGCCUGCUAAAUAUCUGCACAUCUUCUGGUCUGGGAUCCAGUGAUGCUCUCUCUCUGAUCAACAGCAUCCUUAAAGAGAAACAGCCACACACUGUGGAAUUGAACGCACAGAGUUUCAUCAGUGCAUCUUAUGCGUCUUCCCUUCUGACAAAGGAGCCUUUUCCUUGGAUUUCUCUCGCUGAUGCCCAGACCAAGGAGACACCACUGCUGUGCUUUCUAUCACGCAGUAAAUCUAUGCAACAGUGCAUCUCGGCAGCAUACAAAUUACUAGUAGAGACACAAGCAAAAUUAGACAGUUCCACUCUAAUGUAAAACCUAACUGUAUAUCCUCUACAGAUGUUAAUGUAAAGGGUGUGUUCCUUUUGUUGAAAAUUAUAAUGUGGCAAGGUUACAUUUCAAUAAAUAGUAUUCAACUGUG